AUGAACCUGUAUCCUCCCCUCGUUUUGAGAUCAGAUAGCAUCGACCUGAAGGGCGAGACGACUUCACUUGGAACACCACUUACUUUCAUGCUCUUGCACUCACGCAAGAAAUGUCUGAAGCAGCCAUUCCCCCCACACCUUACGCAGGAGCGGACAAGGCCAGUGAACACGCCGGAUAACUAUGACCCGCCCUUUCCAGCAUACACGGCACGCUUGCCAGAGCACACCAAGGACAUAGUGAUGGCCAUAAUAGGCGCCCAAUAUUCUUCAGCAGCAGAAAAUGACGGCGUUGCGAUGUCCAAGGUACUGGAAUUCAUGAAGAAUCCAUCCGAUGCCACGGCACAACCGUCAUUCAGGGAGCUAGUAUCGGUGACAGACCCAAAUGGUUCGUACAAUAUUGCUGUGAUCGCAUACUGGCCAUGUCGGGAAUCAUACGAGAGAUGGAGCGUUGCCAGCACCUUCACGGACUGGUGGGAAGGACUAGUCGUUGAAGACGAGCACCACGGCUGGUUUUUAGAAGUCUUUUCUCCCACAAUAGAUCGGUUUGAAACGAUAAUCUCCGGUAACGAAGUUCCUGAAGGGAUAGCCCAUAUGCGUGAAAGGGUAAGCGGGCCACUCCGAGAACAUGUAUACUGGGGUAGCAUGCGAGACCGGUUGCCUAUAUCUCAGACAGAUGCAAUUACUGGCGAAUCCAUCAAUGAAGCUGUCCACCAGGUUGGUGGUAAUACGCUGCAACGACGAGUUCGCGUGCCCGGAAAACAUAAUCUGGCAAUCAUUCGGUCAGGCCAGGAUUGGUCAAAUACCCGUCCUGAAGAACGGAAAUUAUACAUCGAGACCAUACAUCCAGCCUUAGUCAUGGGCAUGGAUUUCCUUCGAGACAAGGGCAGAGAUAUUGGAUGCUAUAGUUGCCGACUCAUGGACGUCGUGGAUACUGAUACCUUCAAAGCCGAUAAGGAUCGCACAUUCGGGCUGGCUUAUUUUGACGAUCUCGGUUCACUAGAGAAAUGGAGCAAAGAACACCAGACUCAUACUGCCAUCUUCGUGGGAUUCCUACAGUACGCAAAGAAGCUGGAAAAUAACAUUUCCUUGCGUUUGUUUCACGAAGUUCUUGUGUUAAAACCCGAGCAGCAGUUCUUCGAGUAUCUGGGAUGUCAUGAGAAAACUGGAAUGCUAGCUUCCCUUUCAUCCUAA